AUGUCUGCUGUAACUUCAUCAAUUUCAUCAUUCAACACUAACAACUCAGAUUCAACAACAACAAAAAUUAAAAAAUCAGGAAAUGUUGCAAGUUUUUCAUCAACUCCAAAUGGUUAUCAAACUAAUUUAAUAGCAAUUGAUACUUAUGGUAAUACUUUUAAAGUUCCUGAUUAUUCAAUAAAAGAUAUUUUAUCAGCUAUACCAUCACAUUGUUAUGAAAGAAGAUUAUUUGAAAGUUUAUAUUAUGUAUUUAGAGAUAUUACAUUAAUGGUUAGUUUAGGAUUUAUUGCAAAUAAUUAUAUUCAAUUUAUACCAAAUCAAGUUUUAAGAUUUAUUGCAUGGUCAUCAUAUAUUUGGAUUCAAGGUUUAAUUGCAACUGGUAUUUGGGUAUUAGCUCAUGAAUGUGGUCAUCAAGCUUUUUCAGAUUAUGGUUGGGUAAAUGAUUUAGUUGGUUGGAUAUUACAUUCUUAUUUAUUAGUACCAUAUUUUUCAUGGAAAUUUAGUCAUAGCAAACAUCACAAGGCAACUGGUCAUUUAACAAGAGAUAUGGUUUUCGUUCCUAAAACUAAGGAAGAAUUUUUAAAAAAUAGAGGAGUUGAAGAUUUAGAUGAUUUAUUAGGUGAUUCACCAAUUUAUUCUUUAUUAACUUUAAUUUUUCAACAAUCUUUUGGUUGGAUUGCUUAUUUAUUUGCAAAUGUAAGUGGUCAAAAAUUUUCAAAUUUAAAUUGGUUUCAAAAAUCUCAUUUUAAUCCAAAAUCUAUUAUAUUUGAUAAAAAGGAUUAUUAUUAUAUCUUGUUAAGUGAUUUAGGUUUAGUUAUACAAUUUACAAUUUUGUAUGUUUGGUAUAAAAAUUUUGGUGGAUUUAAUAUUUUGGUUAAUUGGUUUUUACCUUAUUUAUUAGUAAAUCAUUGGUUAGUAUUUAUUACAUAUUUACAACAUUCAGAUCCUCAAAUGCCACAUUAUGAAUCUCAUCAAUGGACUUUUGCAAGAGGUGCAGCAGCAACAAUUGAUCGUGAAUUUGGAUUUGUUGGAAAAUAUUUAUUUCAUGAUAUUAUUGAAACUCAUGUUUUACAUCAUUAUGUUUCAAGAAUCCCAUUUUAUAAUGCAAGAGAAGCAAGUGAAUCAAUAAAAAAAGUUAUGGGUAUUCAUUAUCAAUAUUCAAAUGAAAAUAUGUGGAUAAGUUUAUGGAAAUCUGCUAGAUGGUGUCAAUUUGUUGAUGGUGAUAAUGGUGUUUUAAUGUUUAGAAAUAUUAAUGGUAAUGGAGUAGAUCCAAAAAAGAAGAAAUAA